AUGGCCUCGGAGGCCUUCACUAGCUACCAAUACCAAUCCCUCCCCAGCUCAAAGGCUAUUCGUGUGUUAAAGAUACUUGACCAAGAGCUCAGUGAUGUGCCUUGCUGCACCCUGACAGUAGUCGAGCUGGAUCCUAAGGCAAGUUACAUGGCACUGUCCUAUACCUGGGGAAGUCCAGGGAAGGAGGCGACAGAUCGGGGCGUCACAUCAGAACGAUGUAUGCAGAUAUUCUGCGAAAGUGGCACUAUCCCUGUCACCCAAAACCUCUUUGAUUUUCUCAGAGACGUACGACGAUUUCAUCGCCACCUCCUCGAAGAAUACAUCUGGAUAGACGCCCUCUCUAUCGAUCAAGACAAUCUCGAUGAGCGUGCAGUACAAGUUGAAAUGAUGGGAGAUGUAUACGCCCAGGCAAAGUCUGUGGUUAUAUGGCUUGGCAGGGCUGAAGAAACCACUCGUCUGGCAUUGGAUUUUAUGGCCAUUAUCGAGAACGCCAAAAUUCCCUCAAUUGACGCCCGAGUGGAGAAUCCUCGAUCUUUGAAAACGUUUCUGGGACCACUCGCGGAUUCAGAUGAUCACUGGAAUGCAUUGAAGCUGAUUUUGGACCGCUCAUGGUUCUCGAGAACGUGGAUUUUGCAAGAAUUUUGUCUUGCUACCCACUUUUCCCUACUUUGUGGUCAGUUUAAAGUAAGCAUCGACAGAAUUAUCAAAACUGCAUCUCUCGCCCUUAGCUUCCCAACAUCCCGAGCAGGCAAAAUGGAUUCUCCUGGCGUCAAAAUGGUGGAUAUACUUGCACUGAGAAAAGGAGUGAAGGAAAGGUCACCUGGAAGUCUCUUCAGUAUAUUACUAUAUUCAUCCAACUCCACUGCGACGGACCCAAAGGACUUGGUUUAUGGGGUUCUCGGAAUGAUAAAGAGAGGCGUCUCGGAUGCAAGUCCUCUUCGGAAUUUAGAAGUGAGCUAUCGAGUUUCCACCACCGAAACAUAUACCAGAUUCACAAGACUCCUCGUCUCAGAAGAUCCACGAUUAUUAUGUUUCCAGAAUCAUGAUCCUCGCUUCCAAGGAUAUGCAAAUAUUCGACUAGAGCUCCCAUCCUGGGUUCCGAACUAUUCCAAUGGGCUGAACCUUAGUCAUGGAGACUUCGCAUUCAAACCUUCAAAUGAUGCAGCGAAAUCGCUACCUUCCUCGCCCUGGAUAGUGCGACGACCCGAUGGGUUAGUACUCAAUGCACAGAAAGUUGACGUUAUUGAAGAUAGGGUUGUUAUCUACAAAGGCAUGUGCGAGGGCUCGUGGAUCGCCAGGGCACUACCAGAUAUACUUGAGUUUCUUUGCGCUUUUAAACCAACGUAUUUUGAUGGCCAACCACGAAGCCAGGCAUUAUGGCUUACUCUCGCGUCGGGAGUAAUCAAGGCGGACUUGUCAACAAUAUCGGCUCUGGAAAUAUACCACCCCAUAUUCGCACUUUGGGUGGGCGAGUGUCUUCUGAUUCUUGCAGCAAUGGACCUAAACACGUACUUCCGUAUCCUAACGGACCUUCAGGGGACGAUCGGUACACUAGCUGAGAGCGACAUGGACUUCUUUCCUAACCUCACUAUGCUUAUGGAAUUCCCGAAAAUGCGUACGCCACAGAAGGAUGUACUCCUUACCCGUGAGAAAUUCCGUAAUAUGAUGGAAGAACGGUCGAGUAUAAUGCGCCCAGUACUUUUCCGUACACGAGAAGGCCUUCUAGGCAAGGGAACCGAAAAUGUGCGAAAGGGUGAUGAGGUGUGGCUCAUUGCUGGAAUGCCAACACCAGCUGUGUUGCGAAAGACAGGAAGUGAGAAUCAUUUAAAGAAAAUCGACAUUGCUUAUGUGCACGGAAUCAUGCGAGGAGAGUUUGUUGACCUUAAAGGAUUGUGUGCAGAAGAAAUUGAACUCAUAUAA